AUGUCACCUGUAUUUAUAGAUGGACUUCCAUACAAUCCAGUGAAUGGUGAAGGCAUCUUUACUACGGUUGCUUUUCUUUGUGGACAACAAGCAAGAGGUACAGUACGAUUAUCAUUCAAAGAUCCGACUAGCAAGCCAAUAAUUGAUCAUGCUUAUCUUGAUAAUGAUCUUGAUGUUGCAGUACUUGCUGAAGGUUGUCGAUUGUGUCAUGAAAUCAUAAUGAAGGGUCGAGGAACAAAAGAUAUUAUCGUUGGUGCUUGGCCAAAGAUAGUUCCGCAUCCAAAUGAUAUGAUUGGUUGGAAAGAGCAUGUACGAGCAUUUGCAAGUACCUGUUUUCAUCCAGGUGGAACAUGCAAAAUGGCACCUGACAAUGAUCCCAUGGGAGUAGUUGAUAGUCGUCUUCGUGUGAGGAAUGUUAAAGGAUUGCGAGUGGCAGAUGUAUCCAUUCUGCCUCUUCUCAACAAUGGUCAUCCGCAAAUACUCGCAUAUGCAAUUGGUGAAAAGGCCGCAUCUUUGAUUUUAGAAGAUGACGGUGUUUCAAAUAAACGUGGUGGCAAAAUUGUACAUGAAAAAGAAUUCCCAAAUAAAGAUACAAUUUUACUUCCACCGCCACCACCUCCUCCUCCACCAACAAUAGCACCUCCUUCCAUUAUUAUUCCAAAAGGUGAUUCCGGUAUAAAUAUAGCUGAUGAAUUAAAAGGAGCAACGAAAGUUAUUUUACUUAAAAAUAUGGUUGGUCCUGGUGAAGUUGAUGAUUUACUUGAUAGUGAAACAAAAGAAGAAUGUCAAAAAUAUGGUGAAGUUGACAAAUGUCUUAUAUAUGAAAUUCCUGAAGCACCUGAAGAUGAAGCUGUACGAAUAUUUGAUGAAUUUAAACGAGUUGAAUCAGCUAUUAAAGCUGUUGUCGCUAUGAAUGGACGAUAUUUUGGUGGACGUGUUGUUAAAGCAAAAUUUUACAAUUUUGAUAAAUUUCGUCAAUUUGAUUUGGCUGAUGAUUCUUGA